CCAUGUCUUUCACCAGGAAGUAAACGAGUUAACUUGUUCAUUGUUUCUGAUGUAACCUAUCUUUUAACUUUACUUAAAAUGUGGUUAGAUUUACUUAAAGUUUACCUAAACAGGAAUCUUGCAAGUGGCCGGUAUUUUAAGAUGAACGCACGAGCGUCGAUGGUGAAGUAAUCCAGGAGAUUAACGGAGCUCGCAGUUGAUUGUGGCAAACUUAUUUUGUUCACUAACAGCCAGUUAAUUAUGUCACGUGGCAACAUGUUUUUAUUCCAACUAAUGAAUUUUGGGACACUGCACAGCGUCGCAUUUUUUAUACGUUUAUUUUUGGUUGGCUUUGGGAUUUAUCAAGACCGAACCAUGGUAGUCAAAUACACUGACAUCGACUUUCACGUCUUUAUAGACGCAUCCAGACUGGUUACGCUGGUGAGUUCCUCUUUAGGAGACAUGACACGUGAGAUGUAGUGAUGAAACCAGGCCCCAUAUCGUUAUAUUUUCGAGCUUAUUGCGUCGUUCCUUGGGUGAGUCUCCAUACAACAGGUCCACAUACCGGUAUACACCACUCCUGGCGUGGAUGUUAUCACCUAGCAUCUACUUGACCUCUCAUUUUGGGAAGCUGCUGUUUGUGAUUUGUGAUGUACUCUCUGGUGUCCUCUUAUACCACAUAUUGACUCUUCGAGGUUUAUCCAGUGAUGCAGCCUGUCAUUUCUCAGCUCUCUGGCUCCUUAAUCCUUUACCAAUUGGUGUAUCAACGCGUGGGAAUGCUGAAGCACUGUUGGCUAUUUUGGUUCUGUCCACUCUCCUGUGUUUACAACUGAAGAGACAUUUUACAGCAGCGUUUCUCUAUGGUCUCUCUGUCCAUAUGAAAAUCUAUACAGUAAUAUAUGCCCUUCCUAUCGCCCUCUUUAUAUCAAAUCACAAGGACUUGAAGAACCAUUACAAAGGUGUUUUUAGGAUUAUCCAAAGCCUUUUCAGUAAGGAUCUGGCUCUAUUUGCUGCUGUUGCAGGAGCUAUGUUUCUUGGACUGACUUUGACUUUUUAUUGCAUGUAUGGCUGGGACUUCCUCCAAGAAACCUACCUCUACCACUUAACCAGGCGGGACAUUCGUCAUAAUUUCUCCCCAUACUUCUACAUGUUUUACUUAACAGUGGAGAGUGAAUUUUGUUUUGUUCUGGGUCUAGUGACUUUUCUUCCCCAGGUUAUAUUGUUGCUUCUUACAUCUCUAGCCUUCUAUGCUGACUUACCUCUUUGCUGCUUCCUCAACACAGCCCUUUUUGUCAGCUUCAACAAAGUCUGCACAUCGCAGUAUUUUCUGUGGUACUUGUGUUUGCUUCCUCUGGUCCUGCCACACCUGAGACUCACAGUAAAGCAAGGGAUUGGGCUACUGCUGUUGUGGUUCACUGGCCAGGGCUUGUGGUUGGCACCGGCUUACUACUUAGAAUUUGAAGGACGCAACACAUUUGUGAUUAUAUGGUUUGCUGGCCUGCUAUUCCUAAUAAUCAACUCGGUGGUAAUGGUCCAGAUCAUAAACAAUUACAUACCAAAAACAAUUGUUCAACAAAAAAAGAAAAUGAAAUAAAGGCUGGAAGAAAGAUGAAUGAAUGAGCAAAUAAUUGUAUGUAAGUGUUUUUAAGGUGUGUGUGUUCAUUUUCUUAAUUCUACCUCUACUGUCUGACAAAAUGGCCUUAAACAGAAUAGGUACUUUAUUAGUCGGCAGCUUUACAGUUUCUUAUUUAUCUGUGUUAUAAGCUAGUAGCACAUAGGCUACAAAGAUGAACUUUCCAUUUGUUCUCAUUCUGUUUUUAAUGUCUACUCCUACUUUUAUUUGUAUUUUUUUUAAUGGUAUGGAGCAUAGAGAUAACCGUGAAAAGAGGGUGUUUUCUUUUUGUAAAAAAAAAAAAAAAAAGUGCAGUGUGUAAUUUUUCAGGAAACAUGUACUAUUUUUGGAUAUAUAAAAGGUUUGGCUUAAUCAAUGUGGAAUAAAAAUCUAUACAGUCAUUGCUCCAUAAAAUCUACCCCAUAAAACAAUGCCAUUCAUUUUGGAAAUUUUCUGUGAAGACGAGGAAUUAUGUACUCUAAUGAUAAUAAUGAAGUGUAUUGACUGGUUUGUGCUCUUGAAAUAGAAUUGAAUAUUUAUAUUUAAAACACAUGGAGGUGAUAAACAUAUCCAUGAAUUUUAUGCUGGCAGUGAUGUUCGUACAGGAGCUGCGGACCUGGUAUUCUGCAUGGCCCGACUCUCUGGAGCUGAUAUGAUGGAUUAUGUGUGUGACUUACAGUCCAGGAUGGAGAUUGUACACUCCCUCACACAGCAGCAACAGGUGGCAAGCAGCCACCAAAUGCAGAUUUGUGACAAACACUGCAAAUGGAAGCUUAUGUGUAGAGGGGUACUGGGUAUGGCUGUUCAAACUGCGAUGGCACAAGUGCUGAUUCCCCAAGCUUCAGAGCAACUGGAAGUGGCCCUGUGUAGUUGGGAACAGGCUCAGAAGAGGUGUGCUGGGUUUUUUUGCCUCAUGCCUAACAAAGAAACACAGUACAAUAAAUAGUACUUUUUCACAA